ACUCAGCCGACGCCCACACCUCUGUUCCCUUCCUUCCCUCUUUUCUCAACACUCUGAAACACACGUAUAUAAAUAGCAUCUUUCAAAUAAUUUGUCGCAAUUUUCGACUGCCACAUCUCCUCCCCAACUCAAUUUUCAAGUCUCAAACUAGACUAGAUCGAUAGAAAGUGUGCAAUUUAGUGAAAUGGCAAAUAGCAAGUACAAAUAUGUGAAGUCAUUUGAGGUGGAGGAUAGGAUCAUGCUGCCCAACACCAUCAUCAUCCAUGUUCGUGCCCGUGAUUUCGGCCGGUUUUCUCAAGUGCAUAAGUUUGAGAAACCAAAUGAUGAGAAGAAAGCAUUAGAGCUGAUGAAUGAGUGUGCCAAUGCUGUUUUGGCGCAGUUUCCAGAAGUUAUAUUCUCGUAUGGUUACGGUGAUGAGUAUAGUUUCAUAUUCAAAAAGAAAACCGAGUUCUACAAUCGUCGUGGCAGCAAGAUACUCUCUGUUAUUGUGUCUUUCUUUACAUCCACUUAUGUUACCAAGUGGAGGGAACUUUUUCCUCAGAAAGAGUUGAAAUAUGCCCCUUCAUUUCGGGCUCGAGUUAUUUGCUGUGCAUCUAUGGAGGUUCUUCAAGCAUAUCUUUUAUGGCGGCAAGGUGAAUGUCACACAAAUAACCAGUAUGCUACUUCUCUUCGGGAGCUGAUUGAAAGAGGAAAUAGUAGAGAGGAGGCACAAGCCACAUUGAGGGGAUCGAUGUUUCACCAUGGUACAUGCACUCUCACGACACAGGUUAAAGAUAUUGAGAAGUACAAAGAUAAUGGCUCCACUGUCAAAAGAAGUAGGAAAAAACGUAAGAGGGAAGUCUUAACAGUUCACUCAGAAAAUAUUGCAUCAAAAAGAUUUUGGAUUGAAAAAAAGUGUUUAUCGGAAGAAGAGGUGGGACAAUUUUGUGAAGAGUUGAACGAAACUAGACCUGAGUACAUCAAAUCUUUCCAAUCCGAGAGCAGAUUGAUGUUGUCCACCUGGAUCGUUGUUUGCAUUGAUGGCUGUCAUUUCCACAGGUUUUCUGAUGUUCAUGAAUUUGAGAAGCCAAAUGAUGCACAAGCUCUCAAUCUUAUGAAUGCAUGCGCAGUUGCUGUUGUGGAAGCAUUUAGAGAUGUCGUUUUUGCUUACGGUGUCAGCGAUGAGUACAGCUUUGUUUUCAAUAAGGACUCCGAGCUGUAUCAAAGAUGUGCCAGUGAGAUAGUUUCUUCUGUAGUAUCUAUCUUCUCUUCAACAUACACGAUGAGAUGGAAUGAGUUUUUCCCGCAAAAAGAUAUGAAACACCUACCAUAUUUUGAUGGCCGUGCUGUUUGCUACCCAUCCAGUGAGAUCAUCAAAGACUAUCUAGCAUGGAGACAAGUUGAUUGUCAUAUCAACAAUCAGUACAAUACUUGCUUCUGGUUGCUCGUGAAGUCCGGAAAGAGCAAGAGAGGUGCACAAAAAGAUUUGAAGGGUACUGAAACCCUGGAGAAAAAUGAACUUCUUGAUAGACUCAAUGGAGUUCCCAACUAUUACAACACAUUGCCACCUAUGUUCCGCCUGGGUUCAUCCGUUUUCUGUGACAAAGACAACGAACAAGGUGCUACUGGCAGGACAGAUGUUGUAGGACAUUGCAACAUAAUCGAGACAGGCUUCUGGGAAGCGCUCCCUCAGAUACUAGACGAGAAGGUGGAUCGUUUUAAAGCAGUUCAAAAGACCACUGGUAAGAAAGGUGUAUCCUAUUUUAUGAAUUCAUUUGAGGUGGAGCAUGAGAUCAUGCUGCCCAACACCAUCAUCGUCCAUGUUCAUGCCCGUGAUUUCUGCAGGUUUUCUGAAGUGCAUAAGUUUGAGAAACCAAAUGAUAAGAAAGCAUUAGAGUUAAUGAAUGAGUGUGCCACUGCUGUUUUGGAGCAGUUUCCAGACAUUAUAUUCUCGUAUGGUUAUAGUGAUGAGUACAGUUUCAUAUUCAGAAAGGAAACCAAGUUCUACCAGCGGCGCGGCAGCAAGAUACUCUCUGUUAUUGUGUCUUUCUUUACAUCCACUUAUGUUACCAAGUGGAGGGCUCUUUUUCCUCAGAAAGAGUUGAAAUAUGCCCAUUCAUUUCGGGCUCAAAUUAUUUGCUGUGCAUCUGUGGAGGUUCUUCAAGCAUAUCUUUCAUGGCGGCAAUAUGAAUGUGACACAAAUAACCUGUAUGAUACUUGUCUCUGGCAGCUGAUUAAAAGUGGAAAGAGUAAAAAGGAUGCACAAGACAAACUGAGAGGGUCUCUUAAACAAGACAGAAAUGAAUUGCUUUACCAGUGUUUUAACAUCAACUACAAGAAAGAUAUUCCGGAGAUGUUUCGCCAAGGUACAUGCAUUCUCAAGACAGAGGUUGAAGAUAUUGUGAAGGAUAAAGAUGAUGGCAACCCUGUCACACCACGUUGCACGAAAUUAUUAACAGUUCGCUCAAAAAAUAUUGCAUCAAAAAGAUUUUGGAUGGAAAAAAAGUGGUUAUCAAAAGAAGAGCUGGGACAGUUUUGUGAAAAGUUGAACAAAACUAGACCUGAUCAGUACAUCGAAUCUUUCCAAUACGAGAGCAGAUUGAUGUUGUCCACCUGGAUCGUUGUUCGCAUUGAUGGCUGUCAUUUCCACAGGUUUUCCGAUGUUCAUGAAUUUGAGAAGCCAAAUGAUGCGCGAGCUCUCAAUCUAAUAAAUGCAUGCGCGGUUGCUGUACUGGAAGAGUUUAGAGAUGUCGUUUUUGCUUACGGUGUUAGUGAUGAGUACAGCUUUGUAUUGAAUAAGGACUCCGAGCUAUAUCAAAGACGUGCCAGUGAGAUAGUUUCUUCUAUAGUAUCUAUCUUCUCUUCAACGUACACGAUGAGAUGGAAUGAGUUUUUCCCUCAAAAAGAGACGAAACACCUACCAUGUUUUUACGCCCGUGCUGUUUGCUACCCAUCCAGUAAGAUCGUCAAAGGUUAUCUAGCAUGGAGACAAGUUGAUUGUAACAUCAACAAUCAGUACGAUACUUGCUUGUGGUUGCUCGUGGAGUCCGGAAUGAGCAAGAGCGAUGCACAAAGUUAUUUGGAGCGAACCGAGGAGAAGAAUGAACUUCUUGAUAGACUCACUGGAGUUCCCGACUAUUACAACACAUUGCCACCUAUGUUCCGUUUGGGUUCGUCCGUUUUCUGGGACAAAGACAACGAAGGAGGCGGCAGAGUUGUUGUAGGACAUUGCGACAUAAACGAGACAGGCUUCUGGGAAGCGCACCCUGAGAUACUAGACGAGAAGGUGGAUCGUUUUAAAGCUGUUCGAACGACCACCGGCAAUUAAGACAGCAGAAGGGUUAAGGUGCCACAUUAUCCCAUCAUUUCACUUGUAUUACCAUGUUUUUUUUAUGUUCAUUUAAGAGUAUUUGUUUGUUGUAAUUAAAGAGUAUAUAUUGGUUUGUUGUAUGUUGUUGAGGAUUAUGUUUGAUUUGUAUGGAAACAUUUGAUACUGGUAGUAGCAUCGGGUGACAGCAACGAGGAUGAAACAGGAGCUGGUGUCGAGUGGAAGAAGCCGGGACGUCAAAGAGGCAAUCAAAGAAGCCCGUGCUACUUCAGGAUUAUGUUUCUUGUUUGUUUUCGGUAUUUUAUUAUCUAUUUUUAUUUUAAACAAUUUGAGUCGAGCGUAUUAUAAGCUCCGUUUCGGGUUUUCUUGUUGGUUCUUUCCCGGAAUGAUCGAGUCGAACCAAACCUAGGGUCCUUACUUAUUAUAAAAAGGGAUUCUGUGCAUUGAAAGUCAUUCAUUCAAUAAAGCAGAAUUUACCUGAA